GUUGGGAUUUGAAAGAUUAAAAACUACCGGUGGAGAGGGCGACGGCGUUGAAUGUGUGGCGGAAGCGCUGGGGGCCGCGGCUCGGCGCGGGGCCGGGCAGCCAGCGGCGUCUCCACACCAUGAAUUACCCGGGCCGCGGCUCCCCGCGGAGCCCGGAGCAUAACGGCCGGGGCGGCGGCAGCGCAGCCUGGGAGCUGGGCUCGGAUGCGGAGCCGGCGUGCGGCGGCGGCGGCGGCGGCGGCGGCGGCGGCGGCGGCGUCUGCCGCUUCGACCACCUGCCCGGCGGGGCCCCGGGCGACGGCGAGGUGCCCCUGGCCCUGCUGCGCGGGGACCCCGGGCUGCACCUGGCGCCGGGCGCGGAGGACCACGAUCACCACCUGGCGCUGGACCCCUGCCUCAGUGACGAGAACUAUGACUUCAGCUCGGCGGAGUCGGGCUCCUCGCUGCGCUACUACAGCGAGGGCGAGAGCGGCGGCGGCGGCAGCUCCUCGUCGCUGCACCCGCCGCCGCAGCCGCCGCUAGUCCCGGCGGGCGCGGGGAGCGGCGGGGCGGCGGGAGGGGCGCUUGGGGAGAGGAAGCGCACGCGCCCCGGCGGGGUGGCCGCCAGGCACCGCUACGAGGUGGUGACGGAGCUGGGCCCCGAGGAGGUCCGCUGGUUCUACAAGGAAGACAAGAAGACCUGGAAGCCCUUCAUCGGCUACGACUCGCUCCGCAUCGAGCUCGCCUUCCGGACGCUGCUGAAGGUCACCGGUGGCCGGCCCCGGGCCGAGGCCCCGGACGGCGACCGAGUGUGCGGCCCGGCCUCCAGCUCCGGGGAGGAGGAGGAGGACGACGACGACGACGACGACGGGGACCGCGUCUGCGGCUUCUGCCCGCGCGCUGCGGGGCACGAGCCCGAGAUGGAGGAGCUGGUGAACAUCGAGCGGGUGUGUGUGCGGGGCGGCCUCUACGAGGUGGAUGUGACCCAAGGAGAGUGCUACCCGGUGUACUGGAACCAAGCUGAUAAAAUACCAGUAAUGCGUGGACAGUGGUUUAUUGAUGGUACUUGGCAGCCUCUAGAAGAAGAAGAAAGUAAUUUAAUUGAGCAAGAACAUCUCAGCUGUUUUAGAGGUCAGCAGAUGCAGGAAAAUUUUGAUAUUGAAGUGACAAAAUCCGUAGAUGGAAAAGAUGGCAGUGGGAUCAGCUAUUCUGUUGCCUACCACCUCCCUCCCUUCUCCCUCCCUUCUCUGUUCAAAUGGAGAGGAUAUAAGGAGAGUUCAGAUGCGGCAGGUCUUAAGCGAAAGCGUUCUCAAGCUGUUCAUAGUUUCAAAUUGAGUCGAAAUCACGUUGACUGGCACAGUAUGGAUGAAGUGUAUCUUUAUAGUGAUGCAACAACUUCUAAAAUUGCAAGGACAGUUACCCAAAAACUGGGAUUUUCUAAAGCAUCAAGCAGUGGGACCAGACUUCAUAGAGGUUAUGUAGAAGAAGCCACAUUAGAAGAUAAGCCAUCACAGACUACCCACAUUGUAUUUGUCGUGCAUGGCAUUGGGCAGAAAAUGGACCAAGGAAGAAUUAUCAAAAAUACAGCCAUGAUGAGAGAAGCUGCAAGAAAAAUUGAAGAAAGGCAUUUUUCCAACCAUGCAACACAUGUUGAAUUUCUGCCUGUUGAGUGGCGAUCAAAACUUACUCUUGAUGGAGACACUGUUGAUUCCAUUACUCCAGACAAAGUACGAGGUUUAAGGGAUAUGCUGAACAGCAGUGCAAUGGACAUAAUGUAUUACACUAGCCCACUUUAUAGAGAUGAACUAGUUAAAGGCCUUCAGCAAGAGCUGAAUCGAUUAUAUUCCCUUUUCUGUUCUCGGAAUCCAGACUUUGAAGAAAAAGGGGGUAAAGUCUCAAUAGUGUCACAUUCUUUGGGAUGUGUAAUCACUUAUGACAUAAUGACUGGCUGGAAUCCAGUUAGACUCUAUGAACAGUUGCUGCAGAAGGAAGAAGAGCUGCCUGAUGAACGAUGGAUGAGCUAUGAAGAACGACACCUGCUGGAUGAACUCUAUAUAACAAAGCGACGGCUGAGAGAAAUAGAAGAACGACUACAUGGAUUGAAGGCAUCAUCCAUGACACAAACACCUGCCUUAAAAUUUAAGGUUGAGAAUUUCUUCUGCAUGGGAUCCCCACUAGCGGUUUUCUUGGCAUUGCGUGGCAUCCGCCCAGGAAAUAGUGGAAGUCAAGACCAUAUUUUGCCCAGAGAAAUUUGUAACCGGUUAUUAAAUAUUUUUCAUCCAACAGAUCCAGUGGCUUAUAGAUUAGAACCGUUAAUACUGAAACACUACAGCAACAUUUCACCUGUCCAGAUCCACUGGUAUAAUACUUCCAAUCCUCUACCUUAUGAGUAUAUGAAGCCAAGCUUUCUCCACCCAGCAAAAGAACCUACCUCAAUUUCAGAGAAUGAAGGCAUCUCAACAAUACCAAGCCCUGUGACCUCACCAGUCUUGUCCCGCCGACACUAUGGGGAAUCUAUAACAAAUAUAGGCAAAGCAAGUAUAUUAGGGGCCGCUAGCAUUGGAAAGGGCCUUGGUGGAAUGUUGUUCUCAAGAUUUGGACGUUCAUCUACAUCACAGCCAUCUGAGACAUCAAAAGACUCAAUAGAAGACGAGAAGAAGUCUGUUGCCUCGCUUCCCACCACCACUGUUGCAACACAGACCCUUCCACACAGCAGUUCUGGCUUUCUGGAUUCUGCAUAUUUCAGACUUCAGGAAUCGUUCUUUAAUCUCCCACAACUUCUUUUUCCGGAAAAUGUAAUGCAGAAUAAAGAUAAUGCCCUCGUGGAAUUGGAUCACAGAAUUGAUUUUGAACUCAGAGAAGGACUUGUGGAAAGCCGCUACUGGUCAGCUGUCACAUCGCAUACUGCCUAUUGGUCAUCCUUGGAUGUUGCCCUCUUUCUUUUAACCUUCAUGUACAAACAUGAGCACGAUAGUAAUGCAAAACCCAAUUUAGAUCCAAUCUGAACUCUCGAAGGACAUUAAUGGCCCAAAACUGAUUUAUUUCUGUUAAAAUAUGUAUGUCAAGAUAUGGAGAUUUCAGGUUAAAGUGUUUCAGUUUUGUAUAGGGCAAGAAACCUUUGAAUUUAAAAGCACUUUAUUUAAAAAACAAAUAUUUUUUCAGCCUGAAAGAAGUUAUUUACAGUUUUCAUCAUUUUAAUUAUGAGUCUGAUACAACCCCCUGCAGAGAAUCAAGACCUAGAAUUGCGUUUGGGUGAACUGUAAGGUUAUAAAUCACAAUGUUAAUUUCUCCCAAAUAUAAAAGCAUAUUAAUGAGUUGAAUCUAAUGUAUUAACCAAAAUAUGUUGUAAAUCUAAAAUGGCCAAGGUCCAGUGUAGUCUAUGUAAAGAUCACAGGUCUUAUCACCGUUGUAGAUUUCUAUGAAAGCUUCUAUCUCCACAGUUCCUUUGGAAGAAGAGGAUAACAGAUUUCAAGUGUUUUGAAUUUAACUUGCUUAGAAAAAUUAAUGCUAAAAAAGAAAUAUUUAAACUACUGCUGUAUUUAUAAUUUAUUUCCUCUAACAACUUUAUUUCAACAUAUGAAACAUGAAAAUUUUUAAAUGUUUCCUUUGAACAAUUUAAGAAACACAUUUGAUUUCUAUAGAGUUACCAUUUUUUCCUCAAAACUCCAUCUUUGUACUCUUCAGAUGAAUAUAAAGACACUGUGGCAUACUCUCAGUAUUUUUUGCAUUAAAAACUUGUGGUUUCACAUAAUUAAUACUAGUUCAGUUAUUUAAAAAAAAUGAACUUUGUAUUAUGUCAGAUGUACCUUUGAAAAAGCUCAAGUUUUCUAAAUUUGACACAAAGUACUCCAUCGUGGCUACAUUUCAUUAACUUUAUUGGACAAUUAGUAAACAACUUUGGAGUAGUGAGUACUACAACUAUUUUAAAUAUAUAAACAUCUGUGUGCCAAACAAUUAACAUAUAUAAAGGAAUGGAGUGCCACCAACAGAUUUUACUUGCGAAGUAUAUAAGAAAACCUGGUUGGGACACAAGGCACAUAGAUCAGGAUUCCAAGGCAUUGGGAGAGUUUUCCUCUGCUGUGAUGGUCUCCACAGUGCUUUUCAUCUGAGGAGCUCAAAAUGCUUUAAGAUUCAGUCAUCUAUGUGGUAGCUCCCUGUGGGAAGUAAAUGAGUGUCUUUCUCAUGUUACAUGUUAAUACACUAAGGCACCAAAAUAUUUUAAAGUGCCUUGAAUUAGAUUACAGAGCAAACAGAAGAGCUCAGAUUGAGGCUAGACUGUAUUCUUUUAUAAGCUGUUCAGUGACUAGUAAUUCACAUGUGACCUCUUAGUUUGCAAACAAUAAUAAUCACAAAGGUUGAAAUGUGUAAUUUGGAGAAGAGACUGAAGCCAUUAUUUAGCCUACUUUUCGUAUAUGUUCUGGGGUUCUCACAUACAAAGGAGAGUUACUUGGAGGGGGACCAUCUCUACCCCAACCAACCCUCACUCCCUAGUGGAUUCUACUAGGUUCCACUUACGGUGCUGUCUUUGCUUAUCUUACAAGGAUUUUAGCUGCCUAGUAAUCAUUGUCAGACUGGGAGCAAAUCUGGUCAGUUGCACAUCUCACCUACUCUCUUCUUUACAAAUAAUGGAAUCCAUAGGCUCACCUAUAGGUUCUCCUGCAGCACCAUCAGUUCUCUUGUCUGUUCUGGCCUUUCAUUGAAUUUGCACAACAGAAGGCACUUCUUUUUAGUGCUUAAAAAGAUCCCAAGGUUCCAUGACCAAAUAUGUGACUCCCUAAGAAAUGCUUGCUCUAAAUGGCUUUUGAUGAAAUCUUAGCAAAGCUGAAGCAAUCUCUUUCAAAUAUAGAGAUUCCAGUGAACUCAGGUCAUUUUCAUACCCUGUUUUACUUCAUAAGUCUAAUUUAGUUCUCAGGAAAAUUAAACUCCUGUGUCAUAUGACUGUAUCAUUAAAGGUACUUGAGCAUAUGUUGCUGUAGGUGGUGUGACAUUCAAAUGUCUAAGAUCUUUAAACGAUUCAUUCUUAACUACUAGAAUGUGAAGAGAAAAGUCUAUCAAACCUUUUAAUUUGAUAAUAAGUUUUAAAAAAAAGGAUAUACCCAUAGCUACAGCAUAUCAUCUGCUUAUUUUUCACAUUGAGGAAACAAAAUUAGAUUUAACCAUAUGGAGUUUAUUUGAAUUCUUGAAAAGAGCAACACUUAAAACCCCCUUGGCAAAAUGAGAUAGUCUUGGAUUACUGAACAGGUGUUUUGUUUUCAAUUCAUUAUUUCAUCAAUAGAGAUGGUGAUCUUGAUUUGGUCGUACUCUUCUUGCUUCCAUGUCUCUGCAUGUUAUCAUGGAAUGUACUUGUAUAUACUCAAGUAAUAUACAGAGUAUGUGUAAUUCCGGCUUGAUUUAGAAGCUAAGUCCGUUACUGAGUAACAUUUUGCAACUUUAUUCCAGCAAGUACUAAAUUGGCCAAAAAGUUCUGUUUUUGAUACCAUUAAAAUUUUAUUCUCUAUUUUGUGUA